AUGACCGUUGUCUCAAAUGAUCCCAGUUGGUGGCCCGUAAUCAAUUCAAAUAUUAUUUCCAGCUAUUGGAUCGUUGCUGCCGGCACCGUGGUGGUGUACGAUUGGGCACUAACACUGGGACAAGAGAUUGAACUGAUAUGGGGUGGUUGGAAAAUUGUGCUGACACCCCGAUGUUCUAGAUACGCUAUAUUGGAAUACCAUAUUCUCUUGCCAAUAUUUUGGUCCUACUAUCCAAUGAAUACACUCAUUUCUAGGGGCAAUAUCACAUACUACGCACAGAAUGGAACAGAUGUGGUUAUAUAUGCCAUGUUGGGCAUAAUCGGGGCAAUAAUACUCGAGCAUAUUGUAGGGGGAAUAUUCUAUGGCAGCUCAGAUAGCACAUGA